AUGUCUAAAAACAUCGUCAAUGAAUCUUUUUCGACCAAUGAGCAACAAUCAUGUUCGACUACGACAGAGAAUUUAUAUACUGAAAGAUCCGAUCAAGAUUACAAACCACCAAGAUGGUCGGAGGAAUCAGUCAAUUAUCAAAAGAACGAAAAUGAACUUACUCCAGAAAUAAUUUCCCCAAUUUAUGAUGAAAAUAUCGUAGUUACACCUCCGAUUGAUUGUUCUUCUACUUCAGCCGAUUCUCCUACUAAAGAGUACUCCUCAAGCGGAGAUUCGAGACAAUUUGAUAAUUAUUUUGAUACACCAAUUAAUCAUUCAACUUUAAAUGAUCGAACUUACCUUUCUAAUAUUUAUCAAUAUAUUCCACAUUCGUCUAUUCAACAAACAUCUUCAAAUAAUAAUCAAACUUUAAAUAAUGGAGGAUAUAUGAUGAAUACUGGACCAAGGAUCGAUCCAAGUCUUUUAAAUUAUGAACAAAAUUUAUCUAUGCAAAAUCCUAAUAAUUAUGGUCAAACUUAUGCAAAUAUGUCAGUUACGAACAAUCCUAUUUCAAAUCAAGCUUUAUAUUGGAAUGAUGCACAAAUUUCUCGAAGUUUACCAACACAUUUUUAUGGAACGUAUCCUACUGGUUCAACUAUUGGUUAUGAUCAUUUAGCUCAACAAUUUAUUAAUAAUGGACGUUCACCUAAUUCCGCUGCUGCUUUAGUUACCGAUUAUAUGAUUUUAAAUGAUUCAUUACAUACUAAUAAAGGAAAGAAAAAACGUGGUCGUAAACCUGAAACUGAAUAUUCUCAUAUUAUGCCUUUACAUUCACCGGCUUCUGCUGAUGGAAUUAGACAAGGUGAAAUUGCUCAAUGUUCUAAUUGUGGUGUACGUGAUACACCCGCUUGGAGACGUGAUUUACAAGGUGUUGCGUUACUUUGCAAUGCGUGUGGAUUAUAUUUGAAAAAUAAAGGUAUUCAUCGUCCAACUGAACUUGCUCCAGAUGGUACUGUUCGUCUUAUGAGAACUCAACGACCUGAACCUGAAUUUGCUUGUAAUAAUUGUGGUACUCGUAACACACCUUGUUGGAGGGGACCUGAAGGUCAAAAACUUUGCAACAAAUGUGGGUUAUUUCUUAAACAACAUGGGUAUGCACGUCCUCCAAGUCCAACAAUGAUCGCGAAAUAUAACUAA